AUGUCGUCAAACGAAACCCACCUCCAGCCAACGGCUUUCUACCAGCCCUUCCUUCUGUCACCCGUUCCGGGUGCCGAGCUACUCGGGGGAGUUCCCGCUGUGGACCAGUCGGAUUGGACCAGCCAACUGGACCUGGACACGGCUAUCGACUUUUCAAAGCAGGUGUGGGGCGACCAUGCACUGAAGGUUAUGGUCCUCUACGGAAGCCUUAGGGAAAGGUCGUACUCGCGGCUCAUGGCUUAUGAAGCGGCUCGUAUUCUCCAUCACAUGGGAUGCGAAGUGCGAGUCUUUGAUCCUAGCGGCCUGCCAGUCAAGGAUGAAGCAAAUGUCAACCAUCCCAAGGUGCAGGAGCUGCGACAGCUGAGCAACUGGAGCGAGGCACAGUUUUGGUCAUGUCCUGAACAGCACGGCAACAUUACGGCGGUCAUGAAGAAUCAAAUCGAUUGGAUUCCUUUGUCCACAGGUAGCGUGCGCCCAACGCAGGGCCGAACCCUAGCUUUUGCCCAGGUGAAUGGUGGCAGCCAGUCCUUCAACACCGUCAACACCCUUCGCAUUCUCGGGCGAUGGAUGAGGAUGUUUGUCAUUCCGAACCAGUCAUCCCUUCCACUUGCAUGGAAGUCGUUCACACCGGCAGGGCGACUAAUGCCGUCGGCCAAUCGCGACCGUCUGGUUGAUGUGUGCGAGGAACUUGUCAAGUUUUCAGCAAUCGUGCUACCCCACUUCGACCUUUUCAAUGAUCGGUUCAGCGAGCGCCAAGAGAAACAACUAAAGGGCAGGUUGUUGACCCAAGCGGAGAAGGAGAAGGAGAAGGAAAAGGAGAAGGAGAAAGAGAAGGAGACGAAUGGGCAGCCAGCCGGGGACAUCCCGUCCUCAACCGCCUCCGUGUCCUCAUAG